AUGGCCUCGGAGCUGGCCAUGAGCGCGGAGCUGCCCACCAGCCCCCUCGCCAUCGAGUACGUGAACGAUUUCGACUUGAUGAAGUUCGAGGUGAAGAAGGAGCCGGCGGAGGCGGAGCGGCUGUGCCACCGUCUGCCCGCCGGUUCCCUCUCCUCCACCCCGCUCAGCACGCCCUGCUCCUCCGUGCCUUCCUCGCCCAGUUUUUGCGCUCCCAGUCCAGGUGGGCAACCGGUUCCCGGGCCCCCAGCUACCACCGCCGCUUCCCUGGGCUCCAAACCUCAGCUGGAGGAGCUGUAUUGGAUGUCGGGUUACCAGCAUCACCUCAACCCCGAAGCUCUCAACCUGACACCCGAGGACGCGGUGGAGGCGUUGAUCGGGGCCCCUCACCAUCAUCAUCAUCACCAUCAAGGUUACGAGCCUUUCCGACCUCAACCUUUCGGUGGUGAGGAGCUUCCACCGGCCGCCCAUCACCAUCCCGGCCAUCACCAUCAUCAUCAUCACCACCUGCGCUUGGAGGACCGCUUCUCCGAUGAUCAGUUGGUGAGUAUGUCGGUACGGGAGCUGAACCGGCAGCUGAGGGGCUUCAGCAAGGAGGAGGUGAUCCGCCUCAAGCAGAAGAGGAGGACCUUGAAGAACCGAGGCUACGCUCAAUCCUGCCGGUACAAGCGGGUCCAACAGCGGCACAUCUUGGAGAACGAAAAAUGUCAACUCCAGAGUCAGGUGGAGCAACUCAAGCAAGAGGUGACCCGUUUGGCCAAGGAAAGGGAUCUGUACAAAGAAAAAUACGAGAAGUUAGCCGGCCGGGGUUUCCCGAGGGACCCCUCCCCCUCCGCUGCCCCUAAACCCGCCGCCGACUUCUUCAUGUGA